UAAGCAGUGAGAAGGAAGACUAAGCAGACAGACGAGUCACCACCCUGCUCCCAGGGUGAUCAGUUUUGCCUAGAUUUUUGGGGUACCAACUCUUCUUGGGAUACACACUGGAAUAUAGCAAGCUGGUGGGACAGAUACAAUGCCUCAAGGACACUGGGGUCCCUGGAGGGCAGUGCUCCUACUGCUAACGUGCACAGGGUGUUUGGCCGGCAUCGUGAGGACAGAGAAUGGUGUCACCGCAGUCUUGGGAUUAGAUGUCUCACUUACAUGUUAUUACAAAGCCCAGGAACAAGAGAAGGUUACUCAAGUUAUCUGGUCCAAAAAAAACAUGAAUGGUCAGAACAUUCAGGUUGCCAUCCUGAACACGGAAUAUGGGGCUCAUAUCCCUCGUGAAUAUGAAGGAAGAGUGAAGGAAAAUUCUCCUUUGAAGCCAGAAGAUGGGUCAAUAAUCCUGAAAAAUGUUGUCCAGGCGGAUGAAGGCAUCUACCAGUGUCGGGUCUACACCUUCCCAUCAGGAACCUUUGAGGCUGAAGUGGAGCUAAAAGUACUUGUUCCACCUUUGCCAACGUUGAACCCUGGUCAACCAUUGGUAGAGGGAGUGGGCCUGACCCUCGCUGCCUCCUGCACCGCUGAAGGAAGCCCUGCGCCCACCCUGACAUGGGAAACCGAAGUGUCCGGGAAAAAUAUUUCAAACACUUAUUCUCAUGCUCGAUCUGCCUCAGUGACUAGUGAGUUUUACGUUGUUCCAACUCGCAGUAUGCACAAAAAGCUGCUGACCUGUGUGGUGUCUCACCCUGUGUUCCAGCAGGAGAAAAGGAUCACACAUGUCCUGGAGGUUGAAUAUUUGGCUGAUAUCACCAUUCAAGGUUAUGAACAUUGGUUUGCUGGAAAAGAUGAUGCAGCUUUGAGGUGUUUAUGUGAUGGUUACCCAACACCGAAGUACACAUGGGUCAGGGUCAAUGGUUCUCUCCCAAAAGAUGUAAAGAUUGAAGGCAACCAGCUAAGAUUUACAGGUCCACUCCUCGCAGAAGACGCAGGGGUCUACAUCUGCGAGGCCACCAAUGGUGUAACCACUAGACAAGCCAGUGUCAUGGUUACCGUUACAGACAGUGAACCUCGAAACGUGGACCUCUUGUCAGUCUCCUUGGUGUCUGUGGCGGUAGUGACGGGGCUCCUGGUGCUAAUUCUGGUGAUAAUUGUCAUCCUAGUGAACCGACACCACAAGAGGAAAACAAAGAGACUUUCAGAGAAAAUUGAGGAGCUUUCAACAUUAUCCAGACAGACGUCCCGGAGGAGACUGAACUCCAACACGGCCAGCACAGACACCAGGAUGCAGGAAUGCCCAUCCACACACAGCCCCGGGCACAGACACCAGGAUGCAGGUAUGCCCAUCCACACACAGCCCCGGGCACAGACACCAGGAUGCAGGUAUGCCCAUCCACACACAGCCCCGGGCACAGACACCAGGAUGCAGGUAUGCCCAUCCACACACAGCCCCGGGCACAGACACCAGGAUGCAGCUAUAAGAGAGCAUGAAUCUGAGAGGCCAUCACCCCGACAGCCUGCGGGACCCCAGUAUCAGUUCGAUGAUGGGGGAAGAGGCGGACAGACGCAGCUAUUCCACACUUACAACUGUACGGGAAAUAGAGACGCAGACAGAACUGCUGGCCACGGUUCCAGAUGAGGAGGUGAAGGAGGAAGAGGAGGACAGAACACAAGAGGAACCUCUGGAGGAGAAAGAACUUGACCAAAGUGAGCGAGGAAGCACUGGAAUCUUGUCCACCCAGCCAUUCAUCAAGCAGGGGAUGAGCCAUUUUUAUCAGGAGAAUGGGACUCUACGCGCCAAGCCAACUACUAACGGAAUCUACAUAAAUGGCCGAGGACAUCUCGUAUAACUACAACCAUCCAAUUCCUUUAAGACUCUCACAUUGUGGACAAGGGGCCACAACAUUAUCUGCCAACAGACUUAGUGGCUUCAUCAGGAGGAUCUUCAGCUGCAGGACAUGGUGGGGCCGGUCAUUAUGCCCAAUUGUUAAAUUGUGUAGAUGUCAGUGUGCCUGGAGCCAUGUCCCGUGUCACCAUUAUUAAGUCCUACACUGCAGAGAGUAUCCCGCCUGCUGCAUCCUCUUCAGAUCUCUGGGAUUAAACUGUUGACAUUUAAAGUCUCCUGGGAAGAGGGUUCUGGAAUUGAACUGAUUCACCUUGUCAGGAAUAGAUUGUGAGCAAUGUCCACGUGUCAUAUUAUGGACAGGCAGCCGCCAGCAGAGCCAGAGAGGCACAGACAUGCUUGGAAUAAUGGCCGUAUAUUGUAUAGAUGCCUAAAUCUCUACUGGUAAGAGUGAAUUGCCAGCAUGCUAGAAGAGGAACCAAGACUUCUUCAGCAUGACUCACUGCAGGACUGUUGUGAAAUUUCAGCUACGGUGAUACUAAUUGUUCUAGGGCCAAAACUGUAAAACUCCCCUCAAUCAAAAAAAAUCAGCACCUGGUACACACCCUCUGGGUCCCAGUAAAGGAAAUCUGUGAAGACCACGUUGUGGAAUGAUUGUGUGGACCCUAUGAAUGGAGGUCUUACUGGGGCCUCGGGCUGUGGACUUUUCCAGAACGCUGGAGGUUAGGCACUCAUUAGUAUUUGUACAUAUGGAUGUAAAUGUCUUCUCUGCUCAUUGUAAGGACGUGUAAGACGAGAGGAACGUCUCGGGUAUUUAUAUGUGCUGUAUAGAUUUUCUACAUAUGGUAUUUAUGUCAGGGGCGGGUGUUUUUAUUUUCAUUGCAGGGAAAAUCUUGUACAACGAUGAUUAAUACUUGAAGGUCAAUGUCAGUAAAUCACUGGGAUUUAAAGUCA